AUGGGAAACGAUAAAUGUUUCGUUCCAGCUGAAAAUUUGCCAUUUCGUUUAAUUGAAAUUCCAAUCGGUUCAGCUCCACCAUAUGAAGAACAUCAAUCUAUUCGUACAUAUGAUAAACAUUAUUUUCAAUGUAAUGAUAGACAGAUUGAAAUGUCAAAUUUUGAAGGAUAUGAUGCUCCUCCAUCUCUUUUACCUCCACCAACAAUACCAAAACGAUAUGAUGAACCAAUAUUAAUUCUACCUGAAAGAUCUGAUCUUUAUAAAUUUAAUUCAAAUAAAAUUCUUUCAAAAUCUUCGUCAAUCAAAAAGAAUCAUCAUCAUCGAAGAAAAAUUUUCAAAACAAAAUUAACAUGUUGUGUUAUCUCUUAA